CUAUGUGUUGAACAAUACUGCAGGCUGUUGAUUCAAUACGAUUUGCAGUAUGUAUCAGGUAUUUAGUUUGCGGUUUAAUAUGAAUCUGUGGUGGGGGCGGUCUGACAGGAGGCAGGGUGUUACUCGGCACAGCUGGGCGCAGAGUAGGGUUGCCAGUGGAGAGAGAGAGGCUGCAGUGGCCUGGGCUCGCACUGGGAAACUGUCUGGACAGGAGGGAGGGUCGGGGAGGAGUCGCAGCUGCACAACAAACACUACACACGCACUGCACCUCUCCCCGCACACUCCGCCUGGGCUCUCCCUGUCACGGCCACUCACUCGGCGCCGGAUCCCUGUACCUUGGCCGAACUGUGCCCUUCCCACUGCCCAUGAAGAAACCCCCGCCGGAUCAUGGCGCCAGCGGGCCCUAGCAGCGUGAGGCGGCAGUGCAGGAGGUGCCUGUACUGGAUCCCGGUGCUUUUUAUCUUCAUCAUCGUGUGUUGGUCCUACUACGCCUGUGUCAUCCAGCUGUGUAUAGUGACCAUGGAGAACAUUGGUGAGAAAAUUGUGUGCCUGAUAGCCUAUCACUUCUUUCUGCUUCUCUUUGUGUGGUCCUACUGGAAAACCAUUUUUACAUCACCGAUGAAUCCUGCUAAAGACUUUCAUCUGUCAUAUUCAGAUAAAGAAAUUUUGGAGAGGGAGCCAAGGGGAGAAUCUCAGCAAGAUAUUCUGAGAAGGAUGGCCAAGGAUCUUCCUGUCUACACCAGAACAAUGUCAGGAGCCAUCAGAUACUGUGACAGAUGCCAGCUUGUGAAGCCUGACCGCUGUCAUCACUGCUCCGUCUGUGAUAAGUGCAUCCUGAAAAUGGACCAUCAUUGCCCUUGGGUGAAUAAUUGUGUUGGAUUCUCCAACUAUAAGUUUUUUCUGCUCUUCUUGGCCUAUUCGCUGCUCUACUGCCUUUUUAUUGUUGCCACAGAUUUACAGUAUUUCAUCAAAUUUUGGACAAACGGCCUGCCCGACACACAGGCUAAAUUCCACAUCAUGUUUUUAUUUUUUGCUGCUGCCAUGUUCUCCGUGAGCCUCUCUUCUCUUUUUGGCUAUCAUUGUUGGCUUGUAUGCAAGAAUAGGUCUACAUUAGAGGCUUUCAGAGCUCCAGUAUUCAGGCAUGGGACAGAUAAGAAUGGCUUUAGCCUUGGCUUUAGCAAAAACCUGAGGCAGGUAUUUGGGGAUGAAAGGAAGUUCUGGUUGCUGCCUGUAUUUACAAGUUUGGGUGAUGGUUGCUCAUUCCCUACCUGCCUUGUAAACCAGGAUCCUGAGCAGGCCUCCACACCAACUGGCGCUAACACAGCAACAAAAAGUAUUGAAAACCAUCCGUUCCCAGCAAAGCCUCUGCGUGAAUCUCAGAGCCACCUUCUUACAGAUUCCCAAACAUGGAAUGAGAAUAAUGGGAACAGUGAAAAAGGAAAACUUGGUAUGAGCAACCCGGGAUUAACCAUCGAAAAUGAAACCUAGAUCUUCACAAAAGAUGGAGCCGGUGUACAAAGUAUGAGAGCAAGCAGUUUAUGUUGGAAAGAAGUCACGCUCCCAUUGGCUCACUUUACAUUUGUGAUGAGGCGGAUGUGAUCACAGCGAACGAUAACAGCACCUGAUUGGCUCCCUCCAUCCCCGCUUCAAACAUGGCAACAGCUUCCUGGCGCUCUGGUAUUAUACGAACAGGGAAAGGUGAACAAACAAAAAAACUCCAUUGUGGAACUGUAGACUAACGAGGUUGGAAGUCAUUAUAGUACAUAGCUGGAAGUCGUACCUGUGUUGUAAGCAAUGUAAGACUGUAUUCUGACUGUGUUUAUGAUACGAUAGCACAAACCACAUCAAUGUGAUUCCUGCUCUAAAAUCCCUUUAUCUUCUAUUUCUUGAAUGCAAAAAAAAUUGUUUUCCCAAAAUAGAACAAUGGCAGUAUAUUUUGUACUGUAGGAGUAACAGUAUCCUAUUUAAUGAGGCCAAAAUAAGUCUCACCGAUAUCAUACACUCACAUUAAAUGAAACAGAAAAUAAUGUUAUUUGCACAUAGGGGUUACUAGGUAAAUAAUCACUGUAAAAUGCUAUUUAAGUCCAAUGCUAACAAGGCCUGUAUUUUCCCCAAAGCAUUCCUUUCAUUCAUCUGGACUUCUUUCUACUAGUUUUAUUGUUUUACCCUGUAAAAUGACAUUUUUAAAAAACAAAAAAAAAUACUUCUUUUGGUUGGAAUGUAGCACGUUUGGCAACACCGGAGCAUUAUUUUUGCACAAGUUCUGGAAUGCCCUCAGUUCUUUAUAGGGACUGCUCGCGUCUCAAAAAUAAACUCAUCAAGUAUUUUAAUGAAUUUUAUUCCGAGCCGUAAAGCAGCAGUAAAACAAAAAUAAUUCACUGGACUCAACAUGCUAUUUCUUUCUUUGCAAUACAUACAGAAUUAACACACUUAUUUCAUUGUUUGUUUAUAUGCUCAUGUCUGCAGAUGACUUUAAUAUGUUGAAUAAGCAACCGCCCAUUCAGUUCCAGAGUAUAGUAAUAAUAAAUGGGUUUCUGUGUAAA